AUGACGAAACUAAUCCUAUCCACGGGAAACAUUGUCUCGGGCGGCCCCUCCAUAAUCCGCAAACCAGGCGCAUACAGAUCAAACCUCGAACUCACCAACUCGCUGCGAAGCAACUUUCUCGCUGCUCAGCAGGACUACUCGCCCUACUCGGAGGCAUCCCCCAUCGACGAUGACGAGGCCGACGGAACCCUGAACGGAAACUCGAAUGGCUACUCCAACGGCGAGAACGGUCGUUCUGGCCGGCCCCGCCUCGAUAUCUGGACCGCUCGCGAAGACGGUGCCCUCUACAUUCCACGGAUAGACUGGUCCUACUCUGGUCUGCAAGAGGAGCCGACAAACUACGAUAUCACUGUCAAGCUCUUCUUCCUCCCAAACGCGCCUGCUGAAGAACGCGAGCGCUACGUGCAGGAGGCGCUGGACCUCGUCCGGAAGGAACUCGGCGUCACCACGAUAGAUCUUCUGAUCGCCUCAUUCCCGGGAAUGUCCUUCGAGGGAGAUUGUGAGUGGGAGGCUGACAAGCGCAACGCCAGCCAAGGCAACAUCGACCAGGAGGCCGCGACGUGGAUGGUACUCGAGGACCUGUACCGCCGCGGUGAGGUUAAGGCCCUCGGCAUCUCUGAAUUCGGCACCGAGAAGCUUGCAAAGUUCAUCAAAAAGGUCGAUAUCCGUCCCGCCGUUGACCAGAUCAACACCAAGGACUGCUGUAGCGUGCCGCCCACUCUCGUCAAGCUGGCCAAGACAGAGGGCGUCGAAUUGCUUGUCCACACCGACUGCACCGACAUUUUGCCUAGCGGCACCCUCCGCGAGCUUCUGGGUCACGGACUGCAGGGCGCUGGCGUCCUCGCUGACCCUCUUGAAGGCGGCGAGGGUCUGUACGGCGACCUCGUGCCGGAAUGGGUUGUCAAGUACACGGCUUUCGUCAAGGACCGAGGCGUAAUUGAGAACAAGGGAUAUUUCGCUGGCGCGGAGCUCGUGGAGACCUCCUGA